AUGCUUUGGAAUGUCGAUAUCGUCAAAGAAAGAAAGCUGUUAACGGCUGAAGAAGAAUUGUGUAAGCAAAUUUUUGAAAAAAGUGUCACCAAGGGUAGCGAUGGACAUUACGUUGUUGCUAUGCCAUUUGUACCGAAUCAUCCUCAAUUGGCGAAAUACAUCGAGGAUUUGCAACAGUUCAUUGAUUUGGAUCACAUGGAGCUCGUGCCAUUUGGUGAAGUGAAUAAGCCUGAUUCCGAGGCUUAUUACAUACCGCAUCAUGCAGCUAGGACGAACAAAUUCAGAGUUGUUCUCGAUGGUUCGGUCAAAACAUCGUCUGGAGUUUCUUUGAACGACAUAUUACUAAAUGGCCCUCGUGUGCAAGAGGAUUUGACGUCAAUUGUUAUGAGAUUUCGAACUCAUCGCGUCGCAUUGACAACCGAUAUAACGAAAAUGUACCGUCAAGUGCGUGUGCCGAAGGAACAACGGGAUUUUUUGCGCAUUGUUUGGCGUGAAAAUGAGAAUGAGCCAUUGAAACACUAUCGAUUGAAAACACAGACGUAUGGAUUGAAAUCGAGCGCUUAUUGUUGCAUUGAAACCUUACGUCACUGCGCUCGUGAGCAUGCAAAUGAAUUUCCGAUGGCAUCGAAAGCGGUUUUGGAAUCGUUUUAUGCAGAUGAUGGCACAUUGGGAGCCGAUAAUGACACCGAAGCAGAAGAAUUGUAUCGGCAACUGAAUGCGAUGUUGGGAAAGUGUGGUUUUCCAUUAGCCAAAUGGGCUUCCAACAGUAAUCACAUGCGAUCAGUCAUUGGAGCCACAUCGAAGACGAUUGAUUUGGAAUUGUUCAACGAAAAUUCUGUGUUGGGAAUAAAAUGGUCGGUUCAAGAAGACUAUUUUCGAUAUGAAUUUUGCGAUGAAAUUCAGGAUCAUCCACCAACAAAAAGAUUCUUCAUAGCGUCGAUAGCAAAGUUGUACGAUCCAAAUGGAUGGAUUUCGCCUGUCAUUAUUUUGGGAAAAAUGCUCAUAAGAAAGAUUUGGCUCAGCAAAUGUGACUGGGACACCAUAGUACCAGUGGACUUGCAAAGUGAGUGGAAUGAAUUUCGUCGAGCAUUGAAAGAUUUAUCAAAAGUAACCAUUCCGAGAUGGCUUGGAAUAUCGAAAGAAGCGAUCGCCGAGAUUCAAGAAUUGACCAAAGGCAUACAGUGGAAACAUGUGCGUACGAAAGACAAUCCGGCAGACUUAGCAUCGAGAGGUCUAAUUGCGACGAAUAUUGUGAACAAUGCAUUUUGGUUCAACGGCCCAGAAUGGCUUGUGAAGGAAAAAGAUGAAUGGCCUGUGAGUGCAUUUAUCGUCGAUCGCCAAGUGGAAGAAGCUACGGUUGAAGAAGCCAAACCGGUAUCUGUAUUGAUGACCAUCACCCAGGUUGAUGUGGUGCCACGAAUUGAAGUUGAAGUCAAAGGUAGACCGACAGAAUCUCUUUUGGAUCGAUGUGGCUCAAUGAAGAAGUUGCGUCAGUUCUUUGCCAAAGAAAUUAAUAUUGACACACAACCGAAUGAAAAUUGUGAAGUGAAGACUAAGCAUUUGAACGUCGGACGUGAUUCAUCAAUCGUAAAAUUGACACCGUUUGUCGAUGGAGAUGGAAUUAUGAGAGUCGGAGGUCGAAUCAAGCGUUCGUUGAUGCCUUUUGAUACAGUGCAUCCGAUUAUUUUGCAUCACACGUGUCGAUUCACUCAUCUAUUAGCCUUGGAAGCACACAUGGAAACGUCGCAUGGAGGUAAUCAAUUGUGCAUGCAGUACAUUCGUCAACGGUUUUGGAUUGUCAACGUUCGUAAAGCCAUAAAGCGUGUCACACUCAAGUGUGUGCCAUGUUUUCGUCAACGCAAGGAGACUGCUACUUAA